AUGAGCAAGUACGGUGUCAUGGUGAUGGGCCCCGCAGGGGUUGGAAAGUCCACUUUUUGCGCAGCCCUCAUCACGCACUUGCAACUGAACAGACGUUCUGCCUUCUAUGUUAACCUUGAUCCUGCCGCCGAACAUUUUGAACACCAACCAGACCUUGAUAUCCGCGAUCUGAUAUCCGUUGACGAUGUGAUGGACGAAUUGAAGCUUGGGCCUAACGGUGGCCUCAUCUACUGUUUCGAAUUCCUCAUGGAGAACCUCGACUUCCUUACCGAGGCGCUAGAUUCCUUAACCGAAGAGUACCUGAUCAUCUUCGACAUGCCCGGACAAGUCGAACUCUAUACACACAUACCCAUCCUCCCACGGCUUGUCAAGUUUCUUACACAGCCCGGAGCUCUGGACAUCCGCCUUUGUGCAGCAUAUCUGCUAGAAGCGACAUUUGUUUUAGACCGGGCAAAGUACUUUGCUGGAUCGCUCAGCGCAAUGAGCGCGAUGCUCAUGUUAGAGGUGCCACAUCUCAAUAUUCUUAGCAAGAUGGACUUGAUCAAAGACCAACUGCGCAAGAAGGACCUCAAACGCUUCAUAACUCCAGAUCCCUCAUUACUCGAUGACGAUCCUGCUGAUGCUGGCAGGAAACGAGCUGGAGUCACAAUUGAUCCCCACAGCGCUGAUCCCAAGGACAAAGAUGCGCUAAUGUCGGGGGCGACGUUCAAGCGCCUUAAUAGUGCUGUUGCAGGGUUGCUUGAAACCUUUGGCAUGGUCAGCUACCUCAAAUUGUCAUCGAACGACGAGGAGAGUGUCGGCGCGAUUCUCAGCUACAUUGACGAUGUGAUCCAAUUCCAUGAGGCGCAGGAGCCUAAGGAGAUCCCCGAUCCAGAAUACGAAGAUGAUGUCUGA